AUGUCCCCUCCUCCUCCUCUGCAACAUCAUCAUCAGGGCAUGGAGGUCAAGAAAUCUGCUCCAGCGAUUGUGUUCAAGAAGUGGUCGCAGGUAAGGAUCGAGAGUGGGUUGGGAUUGAGGCUGGGAUGGUCGUUGGGGAGAAGAAAAUACAGAGGGAGAGGGAGAGCAUAUGAGAAGGUCGCAUGGGUUGGGUCAUUGGUGGGUUGUGCCUGA